AAGUUUCAUCAAUAAUAAAUAUGAGUCGCCGUGAAUCUCCCAUCGGUCAAAGGAAUCGAUCUGCAUCCCCAACCCGAAAAAAUCCUACCAGAAGAGACGAAACUACUAAUCGAGAUAAUGUAAGUAAUGUAAAUGAUACGAAUGAGAAUUCAGGCCAUAACACUAAUGAUGUAGGUAGAAAUUUAGAUAAUGCGACAUACUUAUCUUUACCUAAUUUGGCAAAUACUACUUCAACCCCUAAUAUAUCUGCAUUACAAAAUGAUAGUAAUAUUAGUAUGCCCGAUAUAGGAGGUAGCCAACCUUCUUGUAUAGAAAAUAUAAAUGAAGAGGAUUAG